AUGACUCUUACUCUCUUCAAUUCAAUCUUCCAACGGCUCACCUCCUGGUGGCCUCCUCCGCCGCCAUUGCUCUACGUUGCCACAUGGACGGCGGUUCUGACGGUAACUGUGGUGGUGGCAUCGUUUUGGUCGGAGGCAGCGUUCGUAUCGGCGAUCUCUUGGAAGUCUGUAUUAUCUCGGGCAUGUGAGAGGGAGGGGUUGGUUAGGGUUCCGAUGGAUGUUCCAAUAGAGGUUCUGUGCUUCCUAGUUCAGAUGUUCCGGCAGCAGUCUAAACUGCUGGACCUGUUGGCUCCUCUGGUUUUUGCGGCGGUCAUCGUCGGCGCCUCGGCUUUGGUUGUCCGAGCUUGGGGGUUGUGGGAGGUUGAUGACAAUGAUGAGACACAUUGA